GAUAUACAUUAUGCAUUAGGCUUAAGGUAUAUCAUGUAUGUCGAGAGUAUAUAUAUAUAGGACGUAGGAACGAGGUCGUCAAAUUACAGUUGUACAGUGCUUAGGUAUAACAAAAUUAUGGACACAAGUAUGAGAAUAUAGUUUGACUACUGAAACUAUACACGUACUGCUACAGCGAAACUAGGAGCAUAAACUGUAAAACAUUAGGUUGCAACAAAUUCUGGUUAACUUGGUGCAGACGACAAAUGGGCGUGGAACAGUCGCACGAGACGCACCCGUCCUCAACAAAAGAUCACGUGGACGGUUGCAGGUAUUGGGCCGACUUUGACAACGAAUAUUUUGCUAAAGGCACAUACCGAUACGCUUUUCGCGGUACCGUGCACGGUGACGGACCGAGGGACGGCAGUCUUUGUGUUACCAAAGUAUUCAAGAAACAAUAUGCCAAGUACUUUGACAAAUGGAGACCUGAUUUGGCAGCAAGUUUGAAAGCCCAGAAAUUUGCUGCAAUUUUCUCAGCUAAUGUAUUGCCGCUUUUAAGAAAUUAUAUCACGACACAGGACGUUGAGUUUGUCAUACCGUUAAUAGCAAAGAUGGACACAUUGUCGCAUUUCAAGGUUCUAGGUUUAUUCCCAGUGAACGAAGACAAUACCUAUGUUGAACCUUAUGAAUAUGUAGCAAUUGAACCUUACCUUUAUGGUACAUUUGAAAAAUUUAACUCCAAUGGUGGUUUCGAAGACGAAACUGCCGCCGUAUUGAAUGCUUUUAGUCACUGGACAUGGACCGCGAGCGGACACAAAUUUCUCGUCUGCGAUCUUCAGGGAGUCCAAAAUGGACGCAAAUAUGUGCUUACUGACCCCUGUAUACAUUCUGUGGACGGUAGGUACGGGAUGACAGACCUAGGAGUGGUCGGUAUGGAAAAAGUCUUGUCAAAUCACGCGUGUAACGCACUUUGUCAUAAACUUGGACUUGAAAAUCCACUAAGUGGUAUAGACCUUGGCACGCGCAGGUCACGUGCAACACAAUACAUCUUCCAGCUCUCGGACACAGACCAUUUCCGGGCAGCUGAAGCUCGGACCCAUUACUUUACCUUGGCAGAACCACUUGUGCAGUAAAUAAGAUAAUCAUAGUUUACAUGUGCAAUCAAUGUGACAUUACACUAGACUUUAACACAGUGCAUACUUCCGAUUUCCCAAAAUAAACUUCACUCAGUUAUAUGAAAGAACCAUCCACAUUGUGUGGUACUGCCUUUAUACCGGGAACAUAACUUUUUAGUUUCAACUACAUGUUGAAUAUUUACUAGAACACGAAUUGUAUUUCUGCCAGUCUGCCGUAGCUGCCAAAAAUCAGCAAAGAUAACUUGGACUGGUUCUAGAUAGAUUUUGUUUGAACCAAUAGUUAUAUAAAAACUGUCACAACAAAGUUUGACAUGAAGCCAUACCUAAAAGUCUAAAUAUUUCUGCUGGAAACGCAAUGGUAGUGUUAACUUUUCUUCAAACAUUUUUAUGGUUUACUUCUGACAAUCAUGGCCAUUUUAAACUGAAAAAUAUUAACAAUUUCUAUUCAUAUAGCUUUUGUAAACACAAUUUAACCAGUUUAUGUGCAUUAACAGGUUAAAAAGUAUAUACGUUCAAAGCAUGUUUUAGUUGAGCACAGUACCAGUUUGUACUACCACUAAAAACUGAAUUGACAGUUACGGCAUGACAUUGUAAUUAUGAAUGCAGCUCUAUAUUCAAAAUCAAUUUAAUUGAGCCACGCCAUGAGAAAACCAACAUAGUGGGUUUGUGACCAGCAUGGAUCCAGACCAGCCUGCGCAUCCGAACAGUCUGGUCAGGAUCCAUACUGUUCGCUUUCAAAGCCUAUAGUAAUUAGAGAAACUGUUAGCCAACUGCAGGGAUCCUGACCAGACUGCGCAGAUGCGCAGGCUGGUCUGGAUCCAUGCUGGUCGCAAACCCACUAUGUUGGUUUCCUCAUGGCACGGCUCAUAUAAACAUUUAGUAAAGUUAAAUACAUUUGAGGAGGAUUUUCAACAUUUUGAAGUAUGUUUCUUAAGAUAAAAUAAUCCAGUGAAAGAUGGGAAAUGAGUAUCUUUAUAUGACUAAUCAGAACAUCACAUUACCACUGGGUACCUUUUUGCACGACAUGGUUCAGAUGAAGAUGACUGAUAAUCAGUAAAUUAAUGCAUGCAAAACGUUGUGUGGUUGUGUAACAGUCUAUAUUCAAGCUGUGUUUUUAGUCAGUUUUACUUAUUUUUAGGAUCACAUACUAAUACUGUAUUGAUAUAUGCAUUUAUACAUGUAUAACUUAACAGUAUUGACAGCUUAUAUACAGUAUGGGUGUUUUUGUUUAAAAUUAUAUAUAUAUAUAUAUAGUUAAACGUUUUUUAAUAAAAAAUAUUAAAAUAAUAAUAUAAGUA